GCUGUCCCCACUACGCGGGGCCAAGCUCCGGCGUCGGUGCUCCAGCCACCACGAGGUCCCAGCUCCCAUCUUUCUGCCGCCCCUGACUGCCGAGCCGUCUGCACCGGCCCCACCACAACCAGGCACGCUCCCCUGUUUUCCUCUUCCGCUGCACCGAGCUGCACUUCCGGGCUCGCGCCGGAUGCUGAAUGUUAUGGAGCGACGUUACACUUCAAUGUACGAAGAUCUUCUCACCACCGGCCAACGGCGCUUCGUUGUGCCCCGGGUCCUGCAGACAUCGCAAGGAGCUUGUCUGGCAGAAGCCGCCGUGGUCUUCGUGAUCACGGACCUGUUGGAGGCUCCAAGCAAUUCCCGAUUCCGCUACACUGUGCAGCACGCUGUCCAGAAGCCGGUGCGAAUCACCAGGGUGCUCAAUCCGGGAGCCUUCGCAAAGAAAAACACGUAUCUCCGCGUGGAAUACGCCAAGAUUCGCGACCACGAUGCCGAGAGG